UAAUACCGGGUACAUGUUUGAGGAACCUGGACCCUGAUAUGCAGUAUAUAUAUUUUUGGCCGAACCCAAGCUCCUAGGUGUUGGUCCUUUAAACCCAAAAUCCCAGUCGGUAGUGCAAUGGAGAGAUCUUCAAGUCCCGGGAAGGAAAGAGCGAUGGCUGUGUGGAACCCUAGAUCGCUCUGGAACAAUAUGCUUGAAAAACUCACAAUCUCUGAUGAACAGAAUGAUAAUAAUAAAUUCAAGGAGAAGAUAUCCAAUUUAUACAAACUAGCUGCUUCAACUACUGGAAGACGAAGGAGAAGAAGAAGAAAGACUUAUCUUCCUCUUCCUCUGCCUUCUGUUUACACCACUGACUAUCGCUUGAAGUUCUUCGAGGGGUCUGGAAUUUUUGAUGUUUUGGAGGACAUUUUGGAGUAUAUCUUUGUAAACAUGCAUAGCAUCCAAAAGAACUUACAAUUUUGGCAAUCUAAAGCAGAGGGAUCACGUGGACAGAAAGUAUAUUUCAUGAUUUGUGAGAGAGGACCCCGUGCAUUUGUUGAUGGCAUUAUUCAGUUGAUACGGGAUUGUGUUUCAGAGGGUUCUGGUAUGCAGAAUCUCUACUAUUCUGCCACUAGUCAUAUAUACGACAGGAUAGAUAUCUUAACAAGCUUAAGAUUUGCCCUUGCAACAUUUUUGGCGCAGAUUUACAUAGAAAUUGACAAAUUUGGGGAUGAGUUAGCAAAGGAUGCAGAAAAGUCUGGACCUUUGUUAUUGUUAACCGUGGAUGGUUUAUUUUCAAAAUUAGAGGCUUCAAUAGCUCAUCUUUAUGCUCCACCACAGAAUGGGUCUUCUGUUGAUGGAAGUUGUUCGGUUCCCCUAAGGUUUGAGAAACUGUCGGAAGUAAUGCAGGAAGGAUCUCAGUGGACUGGCAGUGAGAUAAAAGAUGCCGUCGAAUUGAUCUAUCAGAACCUACACAAAUUGGACUCAUACUUAUCGGUGCUUGUGUCAGAACAUCAAAAACCGAGAAAAGUAACACUGUACUGGAUGAGAUAUGCAUGUGGCAUUUUAGGCAUCUCAGUCUGUUCCGCUUGGCUUCUACGACAUAGCAAAUUGACGGGGAGUCAUGAUAUUGAGCAUUGGAUUCGUGAGGCCAAGGAUUCAACUGUUAGCUUUUUUAGUGACCAUGUUGAAAAGCCGCUUCUUUCCAUACGAGAUGAGCUUUUUGACACAUUUAGAAAGAGACACAAAGGUGUUAUGGAGCUUGAGGAGGUGAAGCUAACUACUAACUCUUUGCACAGAAUGUUGCUGGCUUUCAGCGAGCAGACUCAAGGUCAAAAGUUUCCAGAUAAUGCUUCUGAUCAAGAAUUGCUGGAAAUCAUGAUGGCUAGAUAUGAAAAGGAGCUUAUGCAUCCCAUUCAGAAUCUUCUAAAAGGGGAGCUUGUUCGUGCUAUACUUAUCCAGAUUCAAAAGCUAAAACUUGAUAUUGAAACGGCGUUGCUAGAAUUGGACCAGAUACUUAGGGCUAAUGAGAUAAACUUUGCAGUUCUAGCUGCUUUACCAGCUUUUCUUCUCUCCCUAGCUAUCCUUGCUCUGAUCCGUGCAUGGCUUAAACAGGAUACUAGGGCAGAAGGCAGGGGUAGAAUCGCUCGACUCCAAAGGAGGCUCCUAAUAGUAGAGGUUGAGAAAAGGAUUAUGGAUUUCCAAACUUGCAUUGAUAAAGGACAGGAUGAAGAUGCUCAAUGUACUUAUGGAUUGCUUUUGUAUAGUCUAGAUCGCCUAUAUCGAGCUGUUGAGAGUCAUGCAAAGGCAACUGGAGAAUGGCAAUGUUUGAGGCAAGAUAUUACUGACUUGGGUAGACCAGGGCUCCAGACUGCAUAUAAGCUCGCUAUAACUUCACGAAUGGAUCGGGUAUAUGAUUGCUUGCUCCCUUCACUGAAACGCUAUUGAUUACAAAUCGAGAAUUUCCUGAAAUGUUUCAUGUAGUUGGGGUCUCAGUAGUGCAAGAACUGGAACUGGAUAGACCUUUUAAAUCCACAACACAUCCCAUGUUUAUGGGAAUGUAAUCUUACAAAUCGUAUUAGAAUCAAGUCCAUUGUAACAAAUGGCUGUCAAUCCAUGUACUGGUUGCAUUCAUGCAAUGGAAUAUAUAAAAUAAUCUAUUCAUUGCAUUGCAUGAAUAGAUUCCUUUUCUCCAA